UGACCUGUACUGCCACUAUGACUCCAGAUAAGCUUCCAUGUGAUUAAAAAAAGAUGAAUAAAAUAAAAAAAUUACCAUGGACAUUUAAAUAAGGAUUCAGUCCAAAAUUUCCCAAUUCUAAACCCUAGAAAUCAGUUGUUCGAGACCAACGUUCUCCAGACCACGAACCCAGACCAAGAACUUUCUCCAGGCUUCGUGAAUGGACAUGAAUGGGCGAGUGCCUCAAGCUUCGUCGUCGUCUGCGACGAGUGUGAGUGACCCCCAUGGCAGAAGAGUGAUUUGCGAUUGUGGGGUUGUUUCUCCACUUAGGACGUCGUGGACCAGAGAGAACCCAGGGAGAAGGUUUUAUGGAUGUGGCUUGUAUCAGGGCAGGAAAAGGAGAUGUGUGUUUUUCCAGUGGCAUGAUCAAGAGUUCAAUCAACGCGAGAAGAAGGUGAUUGCUUGGUUACUUACUGUGGUUGAAGGCUUGAAGAAGAAGGAGAAGUUUUUACUUUGGUGUAUUGGAGUUUGCUGUGUAGUUAUUGUGGUGUUGGUCAUAGUGAUUGGCCUUAUGUAUUGGAAGCUCUGAUUUGUGUUUAGAGACUUGGUGUUUUGGUUAGGAGUUUAAUGGAUGUGUAUGUCUAUUCGAAUUAUGCAAUGUAUUUGGAGAAUGUUUACCUAUCAAUGAAAUGGAAGCAGGUCUUUUGUGUUCAAAUGUGCUCUGUUUUAUGAUUUUUUCUUAAGCCUUUCUCUAAACAAUUACACAUAAAGGGUAGUAUGAAAAUGAAUACCAGGUCAU